UAAAUAGGAAGGUACCUACCUAAUUUGAUUGGUGUUGUGUUUAUCAACUUUCAAUGUUUUUGUGUUUUUUAAUGCGCUGUUGUUUGAUUAUGCACUAAAUUGUAAUGUAGAGUCUAUAUCAAGUAUUAGAGUUGAUUUCAACAUAGUAAAUAGAUAAAAAAUGGAGCCGGCACUAUCAUCCGACGACAGUUGCGAUUCCGAAAUGAAGCAUAUGAAGAGUGAAUUGAUCGAGUAUGGCUUGGAGGAAGAGAACCUGAGUAAAGAAGAAAUGAGUGAUCUUUUAAAAGCUUUGAAAAAUUCCAAAUCCUCAGUAAGAGAAGAUAGAGCAGCUCGUGAUAACGAAAAUACUGAGACAGUUGAGUUAAUUUCCACCCCAAACAAGCCUAUGAAAAGAAGGUACCUAAAUGUAAGGGACAGACGCUUGCCUUGGAGUUUGUUGCCCUCUACUAUAUCACCUGCUGAGAAAGCCCGCAGUCUGGCUGUUUACAUAAAACUAAUGUCUUUGAACAGCUAUCACCAAGCCAGGCAAUCAGCCAUCUUUGCUGCCUGGCCACCACCACUGCAGAUUGUAGAGGAAACCACCAGGGUGCAGCCUGUAAGGUCUACUAGAAGUGGCCGCACUGUACCAGUGUAUGCUGACUUUGAUGAUGACUCCUCAGACUUAGACUUUGUUGUCACUAAAACUAAGAAAAGGAAAGUGUCUUCUAGUGAGCAGAAUGGGAAUGAUGGUAUCUACACUAAUAAAGUAUUCAGCUUAAAAAGAAAGCCAUCAAAGGAUGAAAAUAACAGGCCUAUAAAGGAGGCUAAAAUGUCUCCAGAAAAUAAAGAAGAAGCUAAUUCUUCAGUUGUUCCUGUAAAGCCUAAGAAAGAUCUUUUUACUUUAAUUGAAGACUGAAGUACUUCCUACUCUGCAUUUCUGGUAAUUUAGACCUUUUUAUACUUCAAAAUUAAAAUAUGAAUAUUAUGUUUCUUAAAACCUCAAUAUUUUUAUAAAAGAAACAUUAAUAUUGUAUUGUUUUGAAUUAUUUAUUAGAUGACUGAUGAAUAUUGUGCUCUCCAAAUAUUCAGAAUCAAUCAUUGAUGAUUCUGUUUCACAAAUGAAAAUAUGCAUAAUAAU